AUGGCAUCGGCAGCAGCUACGGCCUACGCCUAUCACCAUGUGAUACUGGCUCCGAAGCUCCCGCAGCAGGACGACCGCAGCACCGCGCACGACUUGACUCUUGUCGAUAUCGCCAUUCACGCCCUUCAGUCUUUGAAACCCUUUGUCAGCAGCGAGCAUGUUGGCUCAGUCGAAGUCGCAGUCGCAACAGUCGAGAACCUCCGCAGGUCUCGCGACCACCAUGGCAAUAACAGUGAAAGUCAAGUUCAACACAUUCUUGCCAAUGUCGCAAACGGCGUCGCUACUGGUUUAGUUCCACUGGAGAUCAAAGAACAGAACGCGGGAAUUCUCGUCGGCCGCUCUUCAAACAACUUGGUCUUCGAGUUCUUUGAGCUUUCUCCUACGAACGAGGCGGCUAUGCAUUCAGGCCGACUAGUACGAGAGUUUCCUGCCCAUGCAUCACAGAUACCGAUCGGAAAGGUCAAACCCGAUCUUAUCGAAUCGAUCUCCAGGACCAUAGCUACAAUGACAACGCAGACAGCUCCUGGCUUCCAGCCCAAGAUCACCAAGAACAAGAAAAUCAUGGAUGAACAACGCGACACGACACACCCCGGUAUGGUCACCGACUUCCUCAUGAGCAUGAUCACUGCUUUCGGUGAGCCGACAGAUGUACGACGUAGCACGAAAUAUACCCGAGAAGAGGUGCUUUGGAAAGACUGCUUUGCACCAUGGCGACGGUCCCCACUAUGGCUCUUAUUACGCGUAUCGCUACAGCUGCUGUUCGCUCGACAAGCACCCUCAACUCUCCAUACUGAUGGUCUGUACAAGGCCUUCAUGAUCUUCGUGCUAACACGAUUACUCGAUCUGGGGAAACAACACUGGGAAGACAUGGGGAGCGAGGCGAUUCACAUCAUAUUGGCUAAGUUAUCCCGACGGCUACGCAAGUUCGAGCUUCUCAAGCAAGAAGGAUAUCUACGACCAGUUUGGGCACAGCAUAUUCAUGACAGGAUGAUUAACGCCCAUGUAUUCAUCAACCAGCACUGGCAAGAUCGGAUCGCCAACUCUCAGGCCAAUAUCGACUUCAGCACCAUUUCCCAGCUCAAGCCUAAGGCCGAUGUCGACAUGGACCUCUCCGGAUUAGAUGCAUUCUUGUUGGGCGUCACAUCUCGACAGCGAGAGGUCUCCUCGUCUACCUUCACUCCCACUUCCGAAUAUCCAUCUUAUCUAGCUACUCAAUUACCGGACAGCAUACAGUCGUCCAGUUCUCCUGGAGACAGAUACUUCCGCCUAGCCGCUUUCGAGAAGUGGGUCGAGCAUCAUCUUGCUGACUGGUACAUUUCUCAUCUCCACGAUGAGGAUGCAUGCGGAAGACUGCGGUCAAUCAUGACUAGCUACUAUGACAUUGCUAGUAGCACCUAUGCUGGAGCGCCUGUGGGCCUAUCCAUCAUGUAUCUGACGCUUACUGAGCUUUGGAUCGCGUGCGACCAGAUUGCACGCACGAUAUAUCCUAUGCUGGUCGAGUAUGAUCCUGAGGUCGAUCUGGAGGAGUUUCAAUGCCUUACACUUCCCCUUAAGAGCCACCUGAACCGCUUGAACGCUUCAGAGUGCUAUUUACGAAUGCGACGAGAUUCAGCAGUGAAGGGAAGGCCUUCUGUCUAUCGAGAAUUUGGAGACCCUGCCUCGUUUGCUGUCCGGUACUUUGAUCAGUGCGAGGCUCUUCAGGAUACAUUAUCAGAGAUCGAAGUCGAUGCGACUGCCAAGCGCAAGCAGAAGUGUGAAGAGCUGGUAGAUCUCAAGCGUCAGUAUCAGCAGUACAUGGACCGCUACAACAGCAACUCAUGUGAAGAGGUAUGGGAAACCUACAAUUACAGAUAUGGCUACAAACACAAGGUCCACUCAAGCUACUGCAGUAGAUGCGCCGCGAAGAGAAGCGCAGAUGGUCUCACUAUCCAGAUAUACGAGUGGCCAGUCUCACCACAAGUAACUGUAGCAAAAGCCACGGUAUUUGAGUUAAUGGUACCAGGCUCCUACAGCAACUGGCGCGACGCCUCAGCGCACUUCAUCACCACGGUUCUCGGUCACAAGGACGCGAAUCAGUUACGACCAUCAUGCUCAUACACGCUGAACAACCAUCACGAUCUGGCUCAUCGACUAACCUCCCUAUAUCAUGAGCGACGAGUAAUUCCGCUCUCGCAAGUUAAGAGCCACACUGCCACCCACCGAAGGCAGAUGAAAGCUAUACCUCAGUUGAACGAUGACGAUGUUUGCCUCAAAAACGCUCUACGAUACGCCUACUACGACGUUUCCAGUGGUAUCUUCAACACUAGUAUUCCGGGUUGCACACAAGAGGUCCCGAAGAAAUGCUUACACCCCCUGCCAAAGCGGUCAAAGGCUCUUGAACGCUUCAUGUAUCGCCCGCCAACUUCGCCCGAUGGUUUACCAGCCAAUGAAGUUGUCGCCAGCUUGUCUGAUUGUCCAACGCACUUCUCGAUCGACGAAUACAAGGCUCUGGGCGCGCUACCCCUUGGGAACAACAUUAUUCAUCCGAACAUUCUUGCUCAGCUAGCGAUUCCAUCAGUCGACUAUACAAAGAUCGAGACGCAAUGUAUAGUUCUCCAGGCUGUGUAUCAGGCGGGUCCGCCAAGUCAGUGUAUUGGGCGUUCGGGCCACUCUAUUCUUACAGAAGCCUCGUUUGGUCAUGCUGUGAUCGCGCAGCUUGAGACCAACUUGGGCCGUAUCGAAGAAAACUGGGAAUCAUGGAGGGCUGCAGCGACAUUCUCCCUGCUCGCCCGACGAGUACUGAGCUUGACACUAGCCCCAGAAGUUCGUUCUCGCGCACUUGAUUACCUUGAGACGUUGCGAGCGGUCUGCUUGAGAUGGUUACGACGCUUGAAAGAGCGAGUGGCUGCCUCAACGGACGACGGCCAACGUACAGAACUUUGGAGUCGGGCUACAGAGGUAGCACUGCUGUGCACCUCGACGUACGAUGUGGAAGAGACUGACUUUGAGACUGUUCUUCAGCAAGAGUCGGCAAUCUCAACGUUGCUUCAGUCGUCUAUUGUUGUGCAGGAGCACUGUGGAACCAUGCAGUCGGAUUUCCCCGAGCUUUUUAGUAUCUCACUCCAGUCGUGGAAGUCACUGAUGUAUCGCAUCCUUCAGACACUACGGAAUCUCGUCCUCAAGAAUCACAGCGGUCUUUCGGAUGCCAUCAAAGCCAAUUGGGCCGCAUUCGAAGAAUCGAAUCCCAGUAAUUCUUGGAGUUCACUGGACGAAAACCACCAAAAGCAAUGGCUGCUCACGACAUCUGGGUCCCUGCCGGUGCACUUCAACUUACUCACUGGAGAAUUGCUUGUCAAUGGCCUUCCGCUCGCUCGUCUUCCUGCCGAGUAUGAGCGCCAUAGGAUGUAUGAGCCUUUAUUUCACAAAUCAGCUCUGGAAGUUGUGCCAACCGAUGAAAUUGGGUUCAGGUUCUCUGCUAAGGCUCUUUAUCAAGGCUACAGCCUUCAUUUCGGCAUGAAGGGCGAGGACAUGAUUCUGUCUGCUAUCGGACAGGGUAAGAGACGGCUCGAGUUGUCCUUCGUGACAGAUGCUCUCUUGCUUCGACCUCUGUAUUCUCCCUGGUCGACUGAAGACGACGAUACACGAUGGCGCCUUGACAAGGUUAUGAUCAGCGUCCGCAGCAAGAAACCGCUACACAUGCACAUGCGUCUUAUAGAGCUACCGCGACUACAGAUCUCCUUCGAAUUCACCGAAGCGAGUGACCGUUUGCGCUCUCGCCAAUUUCGCGACAUGAUUAUCGACUCUGAUCAAACGAUGGGUGGCCUUGUUGGCAUGCAAAGCCGGUUAAUAUUGAGGUCAGACGAAGUCAGUUUCACGAAGGGUGACCUAAAUCAUCCUGAGAUAACUGGAGAUGGAAGCCUACGAAGUCGCCUGAUCUUGUGCUACUUGCACGCGCUAACAUCUCACUGCCUACCCGAUCCUCUCACUGGAUGUACCGGCACUGAGUCAGCUAUCUCAAUCCUUAGAUCGGCAGCUGUGGGGUCGACCGAUCUUCUCACACCGGAUGAUAUAGAUCUCCUGACUCGUCUGGCAGCCCUCUCCGCUACGCGAUCCUUCUAUCCAAAGGAUCUGAAAGUAAUGCAGAUGCGAUUAUUCUACCCUGACAAAUACAACGACUUCGGGAUGAUCACACACGCUCAAAAAGAGUUGUUGUCGUCUUCAACCGCUUUUUUGGAUGAGCGGUUUUCAAAUCGAACUGCCACGUUCCAUGUUGCUGGCUUUGGCGCAGAGCACUUCACCUCUGCGCGAGACUUGCACUACAGAAAGCGAGCUAGUGCGACAGCCAAUCUGAUCCUACGCGAUAGUUUCAGCCUUCACACCCGUAUUCCAGAUCUCAAAAGCCGUCUUCUCCAAAAGCACUUCAAAUAUGCUACCAUCCUCGGAGUAAAUAGGGCCUUCGAUUCUGCGGGCCUCCGUAGCAACAAUCACUACGACAUGAUCACAUGGCUCUGUACGAUGUCCUACGCUGAGACAUCGGACAUGGAUGUCAUACAGGCUUUGGCCGCAUUCUACAGGGUGCAUGAACUCUCCACAGUACAAUCGCCUAUCGCACCGAAGUUCGAGCUAGCUAAAGGACAUGUCUAUCACAAAACAACGAUUGAGAAUAUCGUUCAAAACAACACCAAGCCAUUCGAAGAAUCUGAUGAAGCGAGAUCACAGAAGAUGGAAUCAGAGACUGAACAACAGCAUCACAACAGGAUGGAAUCCACGUUUCGGCAACAGAAGAUUAGCGCGAUCCAGAAAUUCGUGAGCUGCUUGGAGAAGCAAUGGCCAAUGCAAGUUCCUAUUUCACCGCAAGCGGCUGAAAUUGACACGUAUGUCAAUGUUCCCGAUGCAAUGGUCACUGUCCGGAAUCACUUUUACAGCUGGUACGAUAACCACAUAUUCAUGAAAUACCUAGGCGAAUUGUCAACGAUCAUGGCCCGACAGGCGGCGUCGCCGGUGCUGGCACCACGACAUAUCCUCACCUCGCCGCCAAAGCAGAAUCAGCUCAGCGACUCGACUCGGCAUCUCAGUGUCCUGGAUGUGUUCGCUUCAAGUCCGUCUCCAUCCAUCGAAGCCCUCUCAAUGAUAGCUCCUUCCGAACCUGCGGUUACAGUCGCCAAAGGACAUCUGCCUGAGAAGCAUUUGGAGGUGAAAGAAAGGCUUGAGGAACUUUGCCGAAGGAACAUGGUAUACGCCACGUCGAAGUGUGAGCGAGAGUACAUUGAGAGUCUACGAUCAAGUUGCAAUGCCCUCAACUUGUUUAUCAACAGCAACGUCAUGCAUGAUGAGUUAGUUGCAGAUGUUCAAACUCUACUACAUGCCUACCUCAGAAAGUGCCAGAACCAUCUUGAGACCUUCAACUCCGCAUUGAAGGGGCUUUUUAGCCAUCAAGUCGCCUUUCCAACACAGCUGUCUCCACGACUAUGUACAAAGUUUUGGCUCAGUCAACUACACAGAGACCGAUUCGACACACUAUCGUCUGCCUGGAAAGAAACUGUCAUUCAGUAUGCGCUCUCCAUCACCAAUUUACAACGCGCUCAGCGACUGCUCCGCUUAUCUAAGAAGCCGGUUGAUCUCGUUGAGGAGCUUCGCCAUGUUGGACAUAGCAAUUGGGAUGUGCAUCAAUAUCCAGAGACUCUUCUCAUCGAGGCUGAGAGCGGGAUCCUUGUACGAGCUGAACAGGAGUUCAUUGCUGACCAGAUGCGUUCGCCAAAGGAUGGCUGGAAUAUCGUGCUUCAAUUGCUCAUGGGCGGUGGCAAGAGCUCAACUAUCCUUCCUAUACUCAGUGCUUACCAUGGAGACAAGAAAAAGCUUGUCCGAGUGGUCAUUGCAAAGCCUCAGAGUCGACAGAUGCUGCAAAUGCUGGUCGCUAAGCUUGGUGGUCUCUUGAACCGAAAAGUUUAUCAGAUGCCCUUCUCACGCAACCUCCGACUUAGUGCUCAAGAUGCCCAAAUCAUCCGCGAGAUCUACGAAGAGUGCAUUCGCGAGCGCGGUGUAUUACUGAUUCAACCGGAGCAUAUACUGUCUUUCAAGCUGAUGGCAGUGGAAUGUGUUCUCAUUGAUCAGCCGGAAACCGCCCAGAAAAUGCUAGAAACCCAGCAAUGGUUCGACGACGUGUCAUGUGACUGUAUCGACGAGAGUGAUGAGAACUUCUCGACGAAGUUUGAGCUCAUCUACACGAUGGGCAGUCAGAGUUCGAUAGAAUACGCCCCAGAGCGAUGGUUGAUCAUUCAGGAUCUUCUAGCGCUAAUCCCCACUGUGGCUGAGCAGGUCAAGAAGAUCCAUCCCGAGGCGAUUGAUGUAGAAGGCGAUGGCGACGGGCGGUAUCCCAGGAUUAGAUUCCUACGACCUGACGCUGCCGAUCUGGUGUUACGUCUACUCGCGAAAAAGGUCGUUAGAUCAGGCGUGGGAAGUCCUUCUCGUUCGCAGUGUCCCCAAAUGCAGGCAGCAAUACUGCACUACAUCUCCGUAACAGAGCUGAAAGCUCACGAGAUUGAGACAGUCGAACAAAGCAAGUUCUGGACCGAGACGACCAAGCCGGCACUACUGCUUCUGCGCGGGCUAUUUGCAGGGGGCGUGCUGAACUUUGUGUUCUCGCAGAAGAGGUACCGCGUUAACUUCGGUCUCGACAGCUCCCGCACUCCAACCACCCGACUAGCCGUACCAUACCGCAGCAAGGACUCUCCUUCACCUAGGAGUGAGUACUCACAUCCUGACGUUCUAAUUUUGUUGAGCUUGCUAUCCUGGUAUUAUGAGGGUCUCGGGAAUGAGGACCUCUUCGAUACCUUGAUUCAUCUGUUGAAGUCCGAUCAAGGGGCCAUUCACUUCGACGAGUUCGUCAGCACCGCGUCGUCAAGUCUACCCAAGGCCUUUAGACAGCUCUCCGGCAUUAGCAUACGGGAUAGACAUCAAUGCGCUAUGGAAGUAUUCCCAGGUUUACGGUAUUCCAAGAAGGCUGUGGAUUAUUUCCUCUCACGCUUGGUAUUCCCAAAAGAGUUGAAACAAUUCCCUUCCAAACUCAGCGCAAGCGGCUGGGACUUAGCCAUUCGGAAGCCGAACCCCACGACCGGCUUUUCCGGAACAAACGAUACCCGGCACCUUCUUCCACUUAACAUGCACCAACUUGAUCUGCCGAGCCAACAACACACCAACGCUCGGGUCUUGUCAUAUCUGUUGAUGAAUGAGACUUCUGUGGCCCAUUUACCCCCUCGCUCCAUUGGUAGUACAAGCACAAAAGAUGGACAGCAUCUUCUUACUUUCAUCGAGGGUCUACAUCCAGACAUAAGAGUGAUACUAGACUGCGGAGCGUCGAUCCUUGAUAUGAACAACCGAGAGGUAGCUGAAGCCUGGUUGAAGCUACGAGACAACGACGUCGCAGCCGUGGUCUACUUUGAGGACGAGGAGUUGUCUGUCCUAGAUCGCUCUUCCAAGAUCGAAUCCUUCCAGACAUCUCCAUACGCGAAGAUGCUAGAUUCGUGUGUCGUCUACUUGGAUGAGAGCCAUACACGGGGAACAGACAUACCAGGAUUACCACGACACUAUCGGGCUGCCCUGACAUUAGGCAGUCAACUGACCAAGGAUCGCCUCACACAAGCAGCUAUGCGACUACGAAAGCUCGGAAAUGGCCAGUCGGUGUGUUUUGUCGUACCCGGGGAGAUACGUACCAGGAUCUACGAACGAAACGGCAAGCCGCCCGGUACCCCAAUUGACGUAUAUGAUGUACUGGCAUGGGCGAUAGGCGAGACCUGGUCUGAUCUUAAGCGCUCGCUUCCGCUCUGGGCAGUGCAGGGGAACCGCUUCGAGAGCCACAAGCAUCUGUUGCUGGACGGUGCUAGCACGACGAAAGAACAAGCGGAAGCUUUCCUUGAAGACGAAGCAGCAAGUCUAGAGACUCGAUACAAGCCACGGGAGCCAGACAACGAUGGCUCCAAGCACCUCCGGGGUUGGGACGAAUCUAAUGAGAACAUCGUCAAGAUCGUAUCACGAUGCCGUGAUUUCGAGGCCAUGGGCUUUGGUUCAGCAGCUUUGAGUGAGGAGCAGGAGCGAGAGCUCGCACCAGAGAUUGAAGAGCAGCGUCAAAUCGAGCGCCCGCCACGCUUGAAAGCGCACCCCCACAGCUUUCACCCAGACCUCAAGCGCCUCAUCAAUAGAGGAGAGUUCUGCGUCAGUUCAAAGGCAUGGGGACCGGCCUUCGAAGCCCUCUGCACCACGAGCGCUGCCAAAGAUGUUGAUCUGAGUAAAUUCCCUGACGACUUGCUGGUCACAGCGGACUUCAUGCACACUGUUCAAGUACCUCCAGGAUCGACCCGCGCGUCAUUCGUAUCCGACUCGUACCAACGACCUGUACAAUUCGUACUUUCCAUCCAUCGCCAGGAAACUGUUAGCAACCUCAUCAUUGUCAGUCCUUACGAGGCCAACCAGUUACUACCUCUCCUCCGUCAGUCGAAGACAGUCUGCCUGCAUAUCUUCGCGCCGCGUUCCAAUGCCAGCUACGCAUCGGUCGAUGAUCUAAUGCUAUAUAAUGUCGGCCGCACCUUCUUGCCUGGUUCAGUCUCGCGUAGCUUGACGAUGCAGCUGAAUCUCUUCGCCGGGAGCCUCUAUCUGCGAUCCCUGUCCGAGUGCGCCGAAAUUUGUGAUCAUCUUGGUCUUCUAAAGGGAACAGCGAAAGACGGUCAGGAAGUCUAUGCAGAUGGCUUCAUUGAUCCGCCAACUGGGAUCUGGAGGCUGGAGAAGUCUCCUGUGCCCUUCCUGCGAGCCCUACUCAUGAAAAUCCGGCGGGAAGGAGAGGGGGUCGAGAAGACCCAUCUAGGCAGAAUGCUAAGCGGAGUUCAGCUAGAAGAGAGCGACUUUAUGGAGGAGGAGUAGUUGGCUCUUUUGACGGUUGGUUAGGAUCUAGAGAUGAAGAUUGGAUGAGAAGGGAUAGAAGGAAUGCCACACGAGGAGGCGGUCAUUUAAUCGGCACAGCUCUACACCACGAUUAGAAGCACUGCCGAUGUGUCAGCAAGUAGUAGGUAUAAUGCACCUUUAUGGUGUUCCUGUCGUUUGCUGCAAACACGCCAUUGAACCCUAACAUCUAGACAGGUCUC